AACUUCAACUAACAUCUUCAAUUUUCAAAACCCUAUUUCUCUGAGCAGAAGAGGCACACCGUAGGAGAGAGAAAAUGGCGAAGCGUCUGGUCCCAACCCUCAACAGAGUUCUUGUGGAGAAGAUAGUCCCUCCGUCCAAGACCACCGCCGGUAUUCUUCUCCCCGAGAAGUCCACCAAGCUGAACUCAGCGAAAGUGGUGGCGGUGGGACCAGGAGCGCCUGAUAAAUCCGGAAAUACGAUUCCGGUGGCUGUCAAGGAAGGCGACACUGUUCUCUUGCCUGAUUACGGCGGUACCCAAGUUACCCUCGGUGACAAAGAGUUUCACUUGUACAGGGAUGAGGACAUUUUGGGUACUCUUCAUGAUUGAUUAAAUGGCCAAAUGAGAUUGAUUUUGGAGGACUGUGUUUGGUUUAUUUAGUUUUUCGGAAUGUAACUGAUUAGUGAUGAUCUGUGUUACUCUGAAUUGGAAUUUGUCUAAUGAAGAAACUUUAUUUCCUUAUGUAUA